AUGUCUCCUUUUCAAAUCGCCCUCGCCUCGAAUCGUCUAUUGCACCUGCUUUCGGGUCUUGAGGGAGCGGAGUGCGGUGACAACGGAAAAAGUUCACAAAAUCAGAGUUUAUGCAGCAUUUCUUGUGUGCACACGCGGAGGCAAGGAGAGUGCCGGCAGGUGGUCAUUGCAUGUGACACAUCUGCCAGUGUGAAAGUCAGAAAAUAUCACCGCCAAAAGCACACUAGAGACUCUUGGCCUGUUGGGUGUUCGUCUUCACCACAGCAAACGAGUCUUUUAGCACUUGAGCCAAAAGCAGCGAAUCCAGCCGGCAUUGGGGCCGGGAAACUAGGGCGAAAGGGGUCCAAGCCUCUCUGGAGGCUUCCUCCUCGUCUUGACACGAUUUGUCGCUUCUUCGCUAUCGUUCUCUUCAUCCGUCGCAUUUUCCAUCACCCUCAUUCGCUCGCCUUCGUCCUCACCCUCAACUUUGCUCUUACUUUCGUCCUAGACCUCACUUCAUCUCACUUGCACCCUUUCAAGCACAGCUCCCCAAAACAAAUCAGACGCCAGAAGCAGAUGGGCACCCGUCCAAGUGAAGCCGCGAAGCCGGUAGCAUCACUGGCAGCUGCUCCGCUCGACUCCCUCGGAAGAGGGGAACAUUUGCAUGUGGCUGGUAGAAAGAGCAAGCCAGCCCAAUUGACAUUUGGCAUGACAACCGCGCCUAAAUCGGAACUGCUUUAA